AUGGCUAACAGAGUAAGACAGAGAAUUCGUAAAGAAAUUGGGGAUGCAAAGUUUAGUAUUCUUGUUGAUGAAACUCGAGAUGCAUCUUCUCAAGAACAAAUGACUAUUAUCUUGAGAUUUAUGAAUGGUAAUGGAAUUUUGACAGAGCAUUUUUUUGCAAUCAAAAGUGUUAGUGACACUACAUCGUUGAAUCUUAAAAAUCAAAUUUCUGAUGUUCUUGAUCAUUUCAACCUUCAAGUGCAAAACAUGAGAGGUCAAAGGUAUGAUGGUGCUAAUAACAUGCGUGGUGCUUGGAAUGGACUACUAGCAUUAUUUCUUAGAGAUUGUCCAUAUGCAUAUUAUGUUAAUUGUUUUGUCCGUCGUUUACAACUCACGUUGGUUUCAGUAGCUAGGGAUAUCGCAGACAUUAAUUCAUUCUUUUCAGAUUUGGACAAUGUUAUUAAUAUAAUUGCAUCAUCUCCUAAGUGCAUCAAUGAGUUGAAAAACUCCAAAAAAAAAAAAUUGAAAUUGAACAUUUGUUGGAAAUUGGAGAACGAGAGACUGGAAGUGGGGCUAAUCAAAUUGAUAACUUGCAACGAGCUGGAGGUAUUUGAGUAUCUUAGUGAUCAUUCUCCAAAUGUAAGAACUCGGUCUGAAGUGGGUGAUGUGCUUUGUCAAGCCCUUCAGAAAAAAACUCAAGACAUCUUAACUGUUAUGAGAUUUGUCCAUACUACAAAAACCAUCAUUCAAGAAUUGAGAGAAGAUCGCGGGGAAGAAUUUCUUGAAGAGAUGAAUUGUUUUUGUUCAAAAAAUGAUAUACAUAUAUCUGACUUUCAUGGUUCAUACAUGGUUGGUCGUUCUCGUGGUUUUGAGUAUCCUACCAUCGAACAUCAUUACCACUUCGAUAUUUUUAAUGUAGCCAUAGAUUUUCUGAUGACAGAGUUAGAUACAAGAUUUAAUGAGAUAUAA